AUGUGGUACAGGUUUGGGGAUGCUGCCUCGUGGUGUUCCAGGGGAGUAAUCAACUCCAUCCACCCCCAGCCUGACCAGGACGAGGACCUGCCCACAGAAUGCACGGAGCCGGACAGUGAGGGGCAGCCAGGCUGGGAGGGCGCCCCGGUGACACCCCCAGCCCCAGAGGAGCCAUGCAGGCUGGUGCUGAGCACACCAAGCAGCAUCCUGCAGGAAAGGGAGAUUGAGGAGCUGGGCCCCCACCUGCCCACCCGGCUGCGGCAGCAGCCCUGGAGCCUGCUGUACUGCACUGCGCGGGAUGGCUUCAGCCUGAGGACCCUGUACCGGUGCACCGGCCGGCUGAGCUCCCCAGCACUGCUGCUCAUCCGUGACACCGAGGCUCAGGUCUUUGGUGCCUUCUCCACCAGCCCCAUUCAUGUGAGCAAUGGCUUUUAUGGCACAGGGGAGACAUUCCUCUUCUCCUUCUCCCCGGAGCUAAAGGUGUUCAGGUGGACGGGCAGAAACAGCUUCUUCCUGAAGGGAGACACGGACCUGCUGAUGGUCGGUGGGGGCAGCGGCAAGUUUGGGCUGUGGCUGGACGGGGAUCUGCACCACGGUGGGAGCUGCCCCUGUGAGACCUUCAACAACGAGUGCCUCUCACCGCGGGGGGAGUUCUGCAUCCGGGACCUGGAGGUGUGGGGCCUGGCCUGACGGGCAGCAGUGCCACAGGACGCACCUGAAGCUACGGCUCUCGGAGCCGAUCGCCGCUGUGCCCCGUCCUGCAGGCGCUGGGAAGGGCGGUGCGGACAGAACCCUGCGGGAUGCCGGCCCUACAGAAGGAGCUGUGGUGCACACAGUGCCCUGCAGGCCCAGCCCUGCCUGCAGCACCUGAGGCGCAGCCUGGCAGAGAUGGGCGCAGCCCCGCCAGAAGGGCACGAGUCAGGAGCCACGUGUGUCCUGGGGGAGAGGUGAGCACCUGGGGCGGCCCUGUCCCACCAGCUGCUGCCCUCAGGACAGCGGGAACAGGGCUGGUGUGGGACAGCUGCUGGCCACCAAUAAAUGGGAAGAGCUGUGCUCUGAGCCUCGUCCUUAUUGCCAAAACAACAGUGCCACAAAGCGAUAUACAGAAAGCAGUGCGAGUCCCUGCCCAGGAGCCCAGAGCCGAACCCUCAGCCUGGUGCAGAGCAGAGCAAUGGGGGACGGCCUCUGGUGCUGCAUCCACACACAGAGCCGCCCCCCAGCACUCAGACAGCAUGCACAGCC